AUGAAAAGCUUAACAAGAAUUUGUCUAAGACGUAAUAUAAAUAAACUAUCAAAGCCUUUUUCAUCAUCAUCAUAUUUAUGCUUCCAGCAAAUUGGUCAUUGUAACUUUUAUAGUACCUCCUCUACGCAAUCAGAUAUUCAAAAAAUUUUUGAUGAUCAACAGUAUUGGGAUGAAAUAAGAUCGAAUAAUCUCAAGAUUAAUUCUUCUUCGCCAACCGGUUUAUUUGAAAAUAGAUAUUUAACCAAUUCAAAUGGUCUAAUAAAAUACUCUGCGUAUUGUUUAAAACUAGCUCAGGGACUGGUUGAUAAGAUGCACAAAGACACAAGCAAAGAAGGCUUGAAAAAAUAUAUUAGAAGAAUGGAUGAGUUAAGUAAUACCUUGUGCAGAGUUAUUGAUUUAUGUGAAUUUAUUAGGGCGUCACAUCCAAAACCUUCUUUUGUUGAUGCAGCUCAAAAAUGUUAUGAACAAAUGUUUGAAUUCAUGAAUGUUUUAAAUACAGAUUUGGUUUUGUGUAAAACAUUAAAAAAGGUGUUAAACACCCCUGAAUUGUUAUCCAGUUUAACAGAAGAAGAACUUAAAGUGGGAAAGAUUUUAUUGGAAGAUUUUGAAAAAUCUGGGAAUUUUAUGGAAAAUACUAAAGUUCGAGAAGAUUUUAUAACGUUAUCUCAACAAAUCUCUGUCGUUGGCCAAGAAUUCAUUAACAAUGUUGAUUAUGCAGCAACCAAUUACAUCAAAAUUAAUGCUGCAGAAUUGGACAAAAGCAAGACGCCAAGCAUUAUUUUGAAUAACCUCCAUAAAGAUAUUUCUAUGAAGAACUACAAAAUCCCUAUUAAUAGCCACGGUCCGUAUUCUAUUUUAAGGUCAUGUCCAGAUGAAAAAAUUAGAAAGCAGGUUUGGGCUGCCUUGCAUAGCUGUAGUCCUGAACAAAUUGGAAAACUAAAAGUGUUGUUACAUUUAAGAAUGGUUUUGGCAACAACUAUGAAUUUCCCUAAUUUUGCGUCUUAUCAGUUAGAGGGUAAAAUUGCAAAAACCCCGGAACAUGUGAUGAAUUUCCUGAAUUCUCUAGUUCAAGUGGUGAAACCAAAAGCUUUUAAAGAACUGGAGCCAAUAAGAAAGCUAAAAAUCGAAGAGUUAAACUGCCAAAAUGAUGUGGUUUCAGUUAGACCAUGGGAUAGAGAUUAUUACAGUACUUUGCAGUCGAUUAAGAAAAGAAGACUGACAGAUCAAGAUGACGUUAGUCAAUAUUUCUCCCUGGGAAGUGUUAUGAAUGGGUUGUCAAACUUGUUUAGUUCAAUUUACAAAGCCAAAUUUAUACCUGUUUGUCCCAAACCAGGCGAGACCUGGAACAAUGAAGUGAGAAGAUUUAAUGUCGUAAAUGAAUUGGACAAUGAUAGUUUAAUUGGUGUUAUUUAUUGUGACUUAUUUGAAAGACAUGGCAAAACUAGUAACCCUGCACAUUUCACAGUUUGCUGUUCCAGAAAGUUGUUUCCCGACGAAAAUAUUGACCCAACACUAACACAGACAACCACCGAUCCAAAUGGGAACCUGUACCAGAUUCCCGUGAUUUCUUUAGUUUGCAAUUUUAGUACAAGUCAAAAGGAUUCUCACGGGAACAAGCUAUGUUUUCUACAAUUAUCCGAGGUGGAAACUUUGUUCCAUGAGAUGGGCCAUGCAAUGCACUCAAUGUUUGGUAGAACCGACUUACAAAACGUCAGUGGUACCAGAUGUGCUACUGAUUUUGUUGAAUUACCAAGUAUCCUAAUGGAACAUUUUGCAAAAGAUCCCAGAGUCUUGCAUCAAAUUAGCAAUCACUAUUUAACAUGUGAAAAGUUAGACAUUGAAACAUUGAAUAAAAUCACCCAUCAAAAUAGGGAUUUUGAAUUUACUGAGGUUUACCAACAACUUAAGAUGGCUAUUUUAGAUCAAGUUUUACAUACUGAAAAUCCUGAUGACAUUGUCAAAGCUUAUCAUGAUCUUGAGUUAAAAAUGGAGAUAUUAAGUGAUGAUGUUAGCACUUGGGUUGGCAAAUUUGGCCAUUUAUUUGGAUAUGGCGCACUAUAUUAUAGCUAUUUGUUGGAUCGUGCUAUUGCAUCUAAAGUUUACCACCAUUUAUUUGCUCUCGAUCCUUUUUCUAGUGAAGCAGGUUUAAAAUUCAAACAAAGCGUUUUGCAAUGGGGUGGUUCCAAAGAUCCUUGGGAAUGUUUAGCCUUGUGUUUUAAUAAACCUGAAUUGGCCAAAGGGGAUGAAAAAGCAAUGAAAUUCAUUGGGAAUACUUCCAGUAAUUUAUGA